AUGGACACGGGGGAGUGCAUCCGACCCUAUACGUACCACUUGGCACACAACCCGGCGCUGCCACAGGCCUCACUGGCCGACCUGGCUGGUGAGGCGUGGGUCUUCCUCGACAGGGUCUGGCUCAGCCACCGUGACGCUGAGGCACUCACCACGGCCUGCACCGGCACCUACAAGUACCAUUGCCAGUCGUGCAAUGACGAUCGCAUCGUCCGGCUCGUCUCCGUCGUCAACGACCUUAGUGCGGAGUACCGAGACUACUGUUGUCCGUUGUGUUCGCCUGGCGACCACUCAUCGGUGGACCCGGGGCCGGGGGUGCAGAAGUUGCGGAGCGAGAAGGUGGCCACGCCAGUGCGACUGUAUCGCGACCUGGAAGGGGGGCAGGUGGACGGAUACAGUCGCAUAUAUCAGGGCAAGACAGCGCUUAACGGGCAGACAAUGAAAGUAGAGUGUGCAGCGGCAGAUGAGUUGGGUCUAACGCCUAACUCGCUCUGCGGUCUGCACCUCAUCCAUUGCGGCAAACGCUGGUACUGCCUUGCCGCGUAUCCACCGCAAUUGGGCGCUGACAAGAAGACCGAGGCUUGGAGGGGGACAGGGGCCUGGAACACAGCGGGGGUCUGGCAAAUCCAGCGCCGUACCACCCCGCGUCAGACACAACCUAACAGCCAACCGCCUUGGUGCGACAUGGACAGCUACAACACGAGCAGUUACAACACCGUGGCCAAUGAUGGGGAUCGGCACGAAGAUGAUCGGCUCGAUGAUGGCCGCACGCAAACUCGCGAGACUUGGAACGGGAGUAGCCGAAGAAGUCAUUCGCUCAAAGUGGUUGGAGAAGAAGUCCCGCGGCUGCUGCAAGGCGACCUGAGGGCAUUUGAGGACGAGCUUGGGGCCGCCGAAAGGGAUUUGAACGACGCCGAGGGGGUUUCGGACGCCAGGGGGGACUCGGAAGAUGGGAGUGGGGAAGCCGAGUACCGGCCGAGCCGCGGUGAGGAGGGGAGUGGGAAGGGUUCGUCAUCGGGCAGGUCGUUGACGACGAUGAGUACGUGGGGUCGGACUCCGCGGCUGCAUGGGGCGGGGAGUCCGGGUGACACUCGGAACCCGACGGUCGCGAGUUCGAUUCCGGCGGCGGCCGCGUGGAGUCGGUUGUUUGAGAAGACGCAAUGGUACGCGGAAAGUUCAAGUGCUCAGGGGCUGACAUUACUGAGUCUAAGUCACUGCGUUGCCGCACGCGUCGGCUCCCGACCGCUUCAUGUUUUAGUGUUUGCACACGAUGCCAAGCAUAUGUCCUACCUCAUGCGACUAAUCGGCCAUGUAACCUUGCUGUUCACUCGUAGUCCCCAAAUAGUACAAGACGUGGCACUCCAAAACCCCCACAGCGUCCUGGCCCUUGACUGGAGCAUGGUCAACAACUCGAAAACGGCAAUACAAAAAAUGAUGGAUGAAAUUGGCGAGUUCCUUCGACAGAUCCACGUCACACUUUGGAGUGAAGUGCCGAGUCUGCUGAAGGGACUGUCUCUGGAGCCCUUUGCUUUCACACUCAUCUUUCGUGAGGUUACCGCUGCCACGGCAACCAUUGCCUACUGGAAGCUUACUGAAGGAAAGGAGGGACGGGAGACAGCUGAUUACAGCCACCUGUUCAUGACCGACGACCGAGACGCUGGAGUCGACCUGGAAGACCUGCAACGUGUGCUCAGGACGUCAAUGGGCCCGUCCUACGAUGUCUUCGAAUCCGUCAUGAGCGGGCUCACUCAAUAUGCGGGGAGAUGCAGUGCUCUCGCUGUCUCUGCACUCACCCUCCUCACGCAAUAUAAUUUCAGAUUCUGGGAAGUCUUGGGGGGCGAUCGAGACUGUAAACCUACACAAAAAGACCUACACAAAAAGAUAUACACCGAAAAUAGACCCUUAGAACUCGACCACGUCCCUCCCUCUGUUAUGAAUCAACGUGUGUGUCAGAUUUGA